CACGUGACGGCGUCGCGCAGUGACGUCACUCUGACAUGGCGCCAGCACUGGCGGCGGACCUUUGGUCUCCCGGUUGAGAUGGAGCAAAGUUUAUUCAAACGAGGGGAAGUUGACCUCGGAUCCCGUUAAAACCGAGACCUAGAAACAUUUCCCGCGAUCAUAAGCGACACACGCGUAUAGAGGACAACAUGGAAGAAAAACAGCCGUGUUUUGAUAAGGCGCUAACGCUAGCUCGUUUGACCGGUGCGGCGGGUGGUGUUUUGACAGCUCGUUAAUUAAUGUGCGUAUAAAUUAUAGUAUGAAACGAUUGUAAACUAUCAGUUUUAGUUUCCAAGACAUAUAUGUAUUUAGUUGACUCGUAAACGUCCUGCUGGUUUUUGUAGCUGCGACACCGUCAACGCUAAGAAACGCUACGUGACGUCACUUCCGUAAGUACAGAUUUGAGCCACAACAAGUGUUUUCAAUGGCCACACAAUGAAGGCUCAGCUUCAGAUAACAGUUCUGUCCGCUAAGCUUCGGGACAGUAAGAAGAACUGGUUUGGGCCCAGUCCUUAUGUUGAGGUGUGUGUGGACGGCCAGUCCAAGAAGACGGAGAAAUGCACCAACACUCACAGUCCCAAAUGGAAACAGUCUCUCACUGUGAUCGUCACCCCUUUCAGCAAGUUAAUUUUCCGGGUUUGGAGUCAUCAGACACUUAAAUCGGACAUUUUGCUGGGCAUGGCCGCUCUGGAGGUCAGCGAGACCUUAAAAGCCAACAAUAUGAAGAUCAGUGAGGUGGUGCAGACGCUGCAGUUGAGUUCAGACAGAGAGCGUGCGGAGAUGGUUGGAGAUCUCUCAGUGUGUCUCGAUGGACUGCAGGUGGAUCCCGAGACAUUUGCUUCUGAGGAACAAAAGCACAUCACAGAUGCUGUUGUAAAUGGAGAAUCCAAACUGAACGGGGAUGUAGCAGGAAGUCGAGAUUCUUCCCCAUCCAGUGACAUCGCUGAUAAAGCGCCGCUGCCCAACGGUCAUGCAGUGGAAAAUACGGGGUCUGCCUCUCCAUCCGCAGGGGCUCUGAGGCCACCUCGACCCCAGCGGCCGCCACCCGCCUCACCGCAUAAACCUAUUUCCUCCACAGCGUCCUCUGCUGGCUCGACUCCCACUCACGGCAGCAGCGCUCCCAGCCCAGAAACAUCUCCACGGGUGUGUGUGAACGGAGAAACAGAGAGUCAGGGGUCAAGCUCAGGUUCAGGGUCAAACCAGGCCCCGAGGGCCAGUCCAACGCCACCCAGAGCUUCACUGAUCAGUAACGGCCCUCUUCCUCCUGGCUGGGAGCAGAGAGUGGAUCAGAACGGCCACGUUUACUACGUGGAUCACAUUGAGAAAAGAACCACAUGGGAAAGACCAGAACCGCUACCAGCAGGCUGGGAGCGUCGCUUGGACCCGAUGGGCCGUGUGUACUACGUGGAUCAUAUAAACAGAACCACCACAUGGCAGAGACCCACACUCGAGUCGGUCCGGAACUACGAGGAGUGGCAGAACCAGCGCAGUCAGCUGCAAGGAGCCAUGCAGCGCUUCAACCAGAGAUUCAUCUACGGACUGCAGGAACAGCUCGCUCCGACAGCUAAUAAAGAGUUUGACCCUCUGGGUCCUCUGCCGCCGGGAUGGGAGAAACGGACAGACAGUAAUAGGAGGAUGUAUUUUGUUCACCAUCCUACGAGAUCCACACAAUGGGAAGACCCUCGAACACAAGGGUUGUUGAAUGAGAAGCCUUUGCCGGAGGGUUGGGAGAUGAGGUUCACAGUGGACGGGAUUCCCUAUUUUGUCGAUCACAACAGGCGAACAACGACAUACAUCGAUCCCCGUACAGGAAAAUCCUCCCUUGAGAACGGCCCUCAGAUCACAUACGUACGAGACUUUAAAGCCAAAGUGCACUAUUUCCGCUUCUGGUGUCAGCAACUAGCAAUGCCUCAGCACAUUAAGAUCCACGUCAGCCGCAAAACACUGUUCGAGGACUCGUUUCAGCAGAUUAUGAGUUGCCAUCCGCAAGAUCUGAGACGGAGACUGUGGGUUAUUUUCCCAGGGGAGGAGGGACUUGACUAUGGAGGCGUGGCCAGAGAAUGGUUCUUCCUGCUGUCUCACGAGGUCUUGAAUCCCAUGUACUGUCUGUUCGAGUACGCCGGCAAAGACAACUACUGCCUGCAGAUUAACCCCGCCUCCUUCAUCAACCCUGACCACCUCAAAUACUUCAAGUUCAUUGGCCGGUUCAUCGCUAUGGCUCUGUUUCAUGGGAAGUUCAUAGACACGGGCUUCUCUUUGCCAUUUUAUAAGCGCAUCCUGAACAAACCUCUGGCUCUGAAAGACCUGGAGUCCAUCGACCCGGAGUUUUACAACUCGCUCAUCUGGAUCAAGGAUAAUAAUAUAGAGGAAUGUGGCUUGGAGAUGUAUUUCUCGGUGGAUAAGGAGAUUUUGGGAGAAGUCACCACACAUGAACUCAAACCUGAUGGAGGAAACAUUCAGGUGACAGAGGAAAAUAAAGAGGAGUAUAUCAGGUUGGUUGCUGAGUGGAGGUUGUCCAGAGGGGUUGAGGAACAGACUCAGGCGUUUCUCGAGGGCUUUAAUGAGGUCUUGCCGCAGCAGUACCUGCAAUACUUUGAUGCCAAAGAGCUGGAGGUGAUGCUGUGUGGGAUGCAGGAGAUCGAUCUGGGCGACUGGCAGAGGAGCACCAUCAUCUCAGCCAAAUAUUGGAGCAAUGGGCCGCAAAAGUUCUGUAUUGAGAAAGUGGGAAAAGAAAACUGGCUGCCAAGGAGCCACACAUGCUUUAACCGUCUGGAUCUGCCGCCCUAUAAAAGCUUCGAGCAGCUAAAGGAGAAGCUGCUGUUUGCCAUCGAGGAAACGGAAGGCUUUGGUCAGGAGUGA